CAACAUAGGACCAAUCAGAGGGGACGUCAUGACAGCUCCGCCAAUAGCAUGAACUCGGAGGUGUAUCUACACGCGCGGUGUUCCGUGUGGAAAGUUUGCCGGCUCGGGUGCAAAGUUUCAGCCGUCUGCAAACCUACAGCUCGUCGACAAAUGUUUCUGGAACAUACUCUCUGCGUUCGUGGUGACUUCACACUGAACCUGCCUUUGUUCAACGGACUAAUUCCGCCCGCUAGUACUGUCACAUCAGGAUAAGUUAUGGUGCCGUUGCUGAAUUACGACGCUGUUUACACCGAUUAUAUUGUCUCCGGGAGCUGUUAGCCUUACCCCAGCCGUAAGCUAGGAGCCAAAGCAAGGAGCUAGCUAAGCUGAUGACCGGCUGAUCUAUUCAGAGGAAAAGAAGGUGAAACAUAAUUAGUUUUAACUGAAAGCCGUUCAGAAGAAGAGAAAUAUGGCUUGUGGGCCUAACCGAGUCCGGCUGCUCUGCAUGCUCUCUCUGACUUUUGGUUAUUUCAUCGUGGAGGUUGUGGUCAGCCGGAUCACCUCAUCUUUGUCCAUGCUGUCGGACUCCUUCCAUAUGCUGUCGGAUGUUAUUGCCCUGGUCGUGGCUCUGGUCGCGGUUCGUUUCGCCGAGAAAACCCGGGCGACCAACAAAAAUACAUUCGGCUGGAUACGGGCGGAAGUGAUGGGGGCUCUGGUGAACGCUGUCUUCCUCACCGCGCUCUGCUUCACCAUCGUUCUGGAGGCGAUCGAGCGCUUCACCGAACCCCGGGAGAUCGAUUCUCCAGUGUUGGUGGCCACGGUCGGAGCCGUGGGGCUUCUGGUGAACCUGCUCGGCCUCUGCAUGUUCCACGGUCACGCCGGCGGCGGCCACGGACAUUCUCAUGGUGGGCACAGUCACGGGAGUAAGAACAAGAAAGCAAAAACGAGCCAAAAUGCAGGGAACGGAUCUACAGUAGAUGAAACCAACAACCUGGUGGGGAACCACAACAGUCCAGGAGAGGGGAGGCCAACCAAUGAACUCAACUGUAAUGAUGACACUGAGGUGCAGAUGAACGGCAACACCCACUACGAGGAAAUGGACGCGCAGCAGGACUCGUCGCAGCUCAACAUGCGUGGGGUUUUCCUUCACGUGCUGGGCGACGCCCUGGGCUCCGUCAUUGUGGUCAUUAAUUCUUUAAUAUUCCUGUUUGUGUGGCGGCCCUGCGGAUCCGACAAGGACUGCGUGAACCCGUGUGUCUACGAUCAUGACUCCCACCUGCCGGUCAAUCAAACGAUGCUGCCCAUGAAGAGUGCCGGGCCAUGCUGGGUCCUUUACCUGGACCCGACUCUGUGCCUCUUCAUGGUGACUAUCCUGCUGUACACCACUUACCCUCUGCUCAAAGAGUCGGCCCUCAUCCUGCUUCAGACUGUGCCCAAGCAGAUCAACAUCCACCGACUCAACGAGCGCCUCCAGCGUCUGAACGGCGUUCUGGCGAUCCAUGACCUGCACAUCUGGCAGCUGGCCGGUAGCCGCAUCAUCGCCACGGCUCACAUCAAGUGCCACGACCCCACGUCGUACAUGGAGGUCGCCAAGCGCAUCAAGGACUUCUUUCACAACGAGGGCAUCCACGCCACCACCAUCCAGCCCGAGUUCGUCACCUUCAGCUCCCAGUCCCGCGACUCGCUCUGCGAGCUCUCCUGUCAGACUCAGUGCGCCCCCAAGCUGUGCUGCGGCACAGCUGACAAACAGAGCUCUGAGAAGAAGGUGAGCGGCGACAGCAGGUCGGGCGCGGCCGAUCCGGUGUUGGAGGUGAUCAGCGAGAGCUCAGAGCAGGCGGCGAGCGUUCAGGUGUGCCCCGAGUCUGAGGCCAAAGUUACAGUCACCAAAGAGGCAGAGUCAUCUCUGUGAGAUGGGGAGGAAGUGAGGAGAAGCUGGAAGAAACCACCACUGUAGGAAGGUUUGAUCCUGGUCACUGGAGGAUGCAGUUGACCUCUUUGACCUGUAGUGGCCCUCAAUCUGUUUUAUUUUCUAAUUGUUUUCCUCCUAACAGCAAUGAAUUCCCUCAUUUAAUGUUGUGUUUUAUGCAUUUGAGCCUCGUUUAUCUUCACCAUUCCCCCCGCCCCCCUUAUUGCCCCCACCUCCGCUCACAGCCUCUCUCUUUUAUUGUCUGUCACCCCAGUGGUGUGUUAGAAAUGCAUGUUGGUCUUCACCGACCUCCUCCACUUCUCCUGAACUGGAGCGAGUGCUGCAUGAAUGUCCCUCAUUAACACGGUGUUGUAACACGUCGUCUUGUGGUCUCUCUGUGCCAAAGCUUCUCACUGCAGGACCGAACAAUGUUGGAGAUUUACUCUGCAAAAGAACACUUACACACACUUUUACACACACAAGUAUACACACUUUUCACAUGCAAGUCAGAGCACACAUCACAAGGUUAUUUUGUUCAGCCUAUGGACCUGCGGGCCGGGGGGGUUUACCUUCUUCUGUUGUUGACGUAGGAUUAGCACAGAUCUAUUUUCUUAGCCACUGGCCCUCGAAGGAAAAGUAUUGUAUUUACAUAAUAAUUUAAAUAAGUAUUUAACUUAUUAGGAUUAAUCUUUUUCUCUGUAGAUGCUGUUUGUAUUAUUUAGUUUGGACUAAAUAGAACUUCUUCUCUCUUUUUUUUUGUCAUAGUUUAAUGACAGACCAUCUAUGCUGUAGUCAGUUUUACAAAAAUUAAGAAUUUUUUAUAUGAGAAAAAACAUUUAGGUUUGAGAUGCUGUUAUUAGUUGGAUACAAAAGCCGUGUCAGCACCUCUCUCGCCUUGUCUUUAAAAAAACAAACGGAUAAACAAAUACAACUGCUGUGGUUGAACACUAAGAGCAGUCGUAAGGGAACUUUUCACAUCGGCACAGUCGCGUCAUCCAUCGUUGGUUAAACUGUUGCCUUACAAGCCAGAGGGCGGGGUCUGUUGUAGGGGAACAAUGAGCACUGUAGGACGUGGGUAAAACACACUUCUGUUGAUACUCGACUCACACUUUCCUUCUUCUUUGUUGUUUUUUUUAAAUCCUCAGAAAUGUGCACAGUACCUCGCCACACAAUCCUAGCUGUGAGGUUUUUUUUACACUAUCAGAAAGACCUACAAAGAUUGCAUGACCAAACUCAGUCCUGAUGUUUGUAUUUUCCAGAGCUCCACUCAGCUCUGGUUGCUGCUUACCAGAACCUGCUGGUAUCUGCCAACGUUAUUCAUAACCGUGUGAAGAGUUCUGUGCUCCGGAUGCUGAGCGGGGAGUUUUCUGUCAAUUUAAAGACCCUGAAUUUUUCUUGAUCUAUGAAGAUGUGACAUUUGAAGAUGAUCCAUUGUUGCAUUUCAGAUGUUCACUCCUAAUUAAUGUGUAUGCAAUAUAGAAACGUGUGCUGGGAAA